GUCUUGUCCAUGUACGCUGUGGAAAAGCAGAUGAUCACAUUUUUCAUCACGCUAUAACCCCGCCUCUGCUAAAUGCAGGGGCGCUCCAUAUGACGCUGCUGGGGCUGUUACAAAAAAAAAUCCAGUAUGGCGGAAUCUGUCAGGAGAUGAUUUUUUAUGUCCUUCCUCGUCCUGCGCGGAGAAAAAGCCUCAGUUUUGGACAUGGGAGAGGAUUAACAGCGGUGCUGGAACGCUGUCGGUGUAGGUUGGUACCGGUGUGAGACACUGAUUGGAGUAACCAUAUCAAAAGCCUCAUGGGGAUUAGCUGCUGCUGCUGCUGCUGCUGGAUGCCUGCUUCCUGUUUCCAGCCUUGAUGAGAUUCUUGUGGGGUGGCCUCCUGAGUGUUGGACCAGUCUGAAGACACACUCACACAUUCAAACACACACACUGAGUUGGGUGCUCAUGCUUGCCGCUCUCCGUGAGCACCCCCAGCGAUGACAUCACACAGCCACCAAGAGGGGAUCCUGGGGAAGGAGCAGCCGCUGGAGGUUCUGAAGACAUCAGUGCUCAACCACAUCCCAACAGUGGACAUCAACUCAGCGCUUCCCCUGCGUCUCCCACCGGCUGCCAUCCCCAUGGACCUGCGCGUGGACCAUCAUCAACAACAGCAGCAGCAGCAGGUAACCCAGCUGUCCCCGCCCGGUCAGCAGUCGCCUGGCUCCCUCGGAGGCACGGGACAGGGCAGCGGGGGCAACAGCGUGGUGGUGGCAGCGGCGGCCACAGUGCGCGAGCAGCAGCUACAGCAGGAGCUGCUGAGCCUGAAGCAGAAGCAGCAUAUCCAGCGGCAGCUCCUCAUCGCAGAGUUCCAGCGGCAGCACGAGCAGCUGUCCCGCCAGCAUGAGGUCCAACUCCAGGAGCACAUCAAGCAACAACAGGAGCUGCUGGCGAUGAAGCACCAGCAGGAGCUGCUGGAGCAUCAGAGGAAAAUGGAGAAUCAUCGUCUGGAGCAGGAGCUGGAGAAGCAGCAGCGGGAGCAGAAGCUGCAGCUGCUGAAGAACAAGGAGCGGGGACAAGAGAGUGCUGUGGCCAGCACUGAGGUAAAGAUGCGUCUUCAGGAGUUUGUCCUGAACAAGAAGAAAGCUCUGGCUCAACGGAGCCUCAACCAAGGAGGCCUCCCAAACGACGCCCCCUACUGGUACCGUAAAACCCAGCACAGCUCUCUGGACCAGAGCUCGCCUCCACAGACUGGGGUGUCCACCUAUAACCACCCGGUGCUGGGGGUCUACAACCCCCGGGAUGACUUCCCUCUGCGGAAAACUGCCUCGGAGCCCAACCUGAAGCUGCGCUCGCGGCUGAAGCAGAAGGUAAGCGAGCGGAGGAGCAGUCCGCUGCUGCGACGUCGAGACAGCCCCAUCACCACGGCCAAGAAACGCUCCCUCGACAUGGCAGACACUGCGUGUAACAGUGCCCCAGGAUCAGGACCUAGCUCCCCAAAUAACAGCUCCAACAACAUCCCCAAUGAAAACGGCAUCACCAUGUCGAUGUCUAACAACACGGAGGCAUCUCUGGCCCAAAGGCUGAGCAGCGGCGCUGAGCGGAGCUCCGUUAACCAGCUGUCCCUCUACACUUCACCAUCCUUACCCAACAUCACCCUGGGGCUGCCCGCCACUGCCACAGCCACUGCUGCUUCCAACGUGACCUCGGCCCAGCAGGAUGGAGGUCUGCAGCCGGCCCUCUCCCUCAGCCCUCCCUUCCUCUCCGGUGGCCAGUUGACUCCCUACCUGGCUGAAGUGGGAGCGGGAACAGGUGGACAUAGCGUUCACAGUCCGCUCCUCCAACACAUGGUGCUCAUGGAGCAGAGCCCGGCACAGAGCCCCCUGGUGACAGGUGUCAGCGGCCUGUCCAUGUCGUCGGCCACUUCCAUGGUGAAGCUGCAGCGGCAGCACCGGCCCCUGGGGAGGACCCAGUCGGCCCCGCUGCCCCAGGGGAGCGCUGCGCAGGCUCACGCCCAGGCGCUGGCUCUGCAGCAGCUGGUCGUCCAGCAGCAGCACCAGCAGUUCCUGGAGAAGCACAAGCAGCAGUUCCAGCAGCAGCAGCUCCACCUCAACAAGAUGAUGGCCAAGCCCAGCGAGUCACCCGUGGGUCGUCAGCACCAGAGCCACCCCGAGGAGACAGAGGAGGAGCUGAGGGAGCACCAAGACGUGGGGGCUCUGCCGCCCGGGGUCACCAUCAAGCAGGAGCCACUCGACCCGCAGGAGCUGCAGGAAGAGGCAAUGCAGCAGCAGCAGCAGCACAGGGAGAGGCAGGCGGAGCAGGAGCUGCUCUUCAGACAGCAGGCUUUUUUGCUAGAGCAGCAGCGGAUUCACCAGCUCAGAAACUAUCAGGCCUCCAUGGAGGCUGCUGGCUUGUCGAUAUCCUUCCCCGGACACCGUCCCCUGUCGCGGGCUCAGUCCUCUCCAGCCUCGGCUUCCUCUUUUCCAAUCAGUGUGCCAGCUCCUGAACCUACCAUCAAACCUCGAUUCACCACAGGUUUGGUGUACGACUCGUUGAUGCAGAAACAUCAGUGUAUGUGUGGAAACACCAACAGUCACCCGGAGCACGCCGGGAGGAUCCAGAGCAUUUGGUCGCGGCUGCAGGAGACUGGACUCAGAGCGCAGUGUGAGUGUAUCCGUGGGAGGAAAGCCACUCUGGAGGAGCUGCAGACGGUUCACUCUGAAGCUCACGUCCUACUAUAUGGAACCAAUCCUCUCCGACAGAAACUUGAUUGUUCAAUCACUCCCAUGUUUGUACGGCUACCAUGUGGCGGGGUGGGGGUGGACAGCGACACCAUAUGGAACGAGGUCCACUCGUCCAGCGCGGCUCGCCUCGCCGUCGGCUCUGUUGUGGAGCUUGUUUUCAAAGUGGCCACUGGCGAGCUGAAGAAUGGUUUCGCUGUGGUUCGCCCUCCUGGACAUCACGCCGAGGAGAGCACUCCCAUGGGUUUCUGCUACUUCAACUCCGUCGCCAUCGCAGCCAAACUGCUGCAGCAGAGGCUCAACAUCAGCAAGAUCCUCAUCGUGGACUGGGACGUUCACCAUGGCAACGGCACCCAGCAAGCAUUCUACGAUGACCCUAACGUCCUCUACCUGUCUAUUCAUCGCUACGACGACGGUAACUUCUUUCCUGGAAGCGGGGCGCCCGAUGAGGUGGGCAGCGGUCCAGGAGUCGGGUUCAACGUCAAUGUUGCCUUCACUGGAGGCCUCGACCCGCCCAUGGGAGACGCCGAGUACCUGGCUGCCUUCAGGUCAGUGGUGAUGCCUAUAGCCAACGAGUUUGCUCCCAACAUCGUGCUGGUCUCUUCAGGCUUUGACGCGGUGGAGGGACACCCUCCACCACUAGGGGGCUACACUCUGACGUCCAAAUGUUUUGGCUAUCUGACUCGGCAGCUGAUGACACUCACGGGCGGCCGCGUGGUGCUGGCUCUGGAGGGGGGUCACGACCUCACUGCCAUCUGCGACGCCUCUGAGGCCUGCGUGGCUGCCCUGCUCGGCCAAGAGCUGGACCCACUGCCAAAGGCUGUCCUGGAGCAGAGGCCCAACCCCAACGCUGUCCGCUCCCUGGAGAAGGUUUUAGAGACUCACAGUAAGUACUGGCGCUCGGUGCAUCGCUACUCACCACGGCUGGGUCUUUCCCUGCUGGAAGCCAAACAAGGAGACUCGGAGGAGGCUGAGGCCGUCACCGCCAUGGCCUCGCUGUCUGUGGCCAACACCAACACCAACACCAUGGAUCAGAGGCCGGAGGAGGAGCCAAUGGAAGAGGAGGAGCCACUGUAAUGGCGGAGAAACCUGAGGGUGUCACACUGUUACCAUUGACCUCUUCUGAGACGGGCCUCUCUGAGCUGCGACGAGUCUCGACUGAAUCCUUCAUUUAGUCCCUACAACCCCACUCACCAUGUCAGUCACCUUGACUGACAGCCCGAGAGGGGGUGGGCUCAGCCUCAGAGAGGGGAGCCAAUCAGGAGACAGAGGACUGAAUUAGGACGGGGAAAAAAACCUAACAAACAUAACGGUGUUGCUUUGGCGGCACACGCUCUGAGACAUUUUUUUCUGUCAGUCUUCACACACACCCCCCCCCCCCGUCGUUAGCCCACAGUGGCUAACCGCGUGAGCGAGGCGGCGGACGAGAGUGGAUUUUUAAGAGCAGAUCUCGUCUUUAGAAAAAGUGUGAUCACACUUCUGUGCAGAAACAUACGGUGCUUUACACAGCUGCCCUCGCAUUGCACAUGCACACACGUGUGUGUGUGGACACCUGGGACAGCAGAUGUCCCCAGCUGGGGGGGCGGGGGUGGGGUAUUUCCUCUCUUGUCUCAACUGUAUUUUUCCCCCUGUCAAAAUAAGGGCAUUGCAGCAUCUGAGGUCAUAUUUUAUGAGAUGUGUUUACUGGCUGACAUUUUUUUGUAGGCUUUUACAAAGAUGUGACGGCGAGACUGUCACAUGACGAAGAAGAAGAAGCGUGAGAGGAGUGCCUUGGGGAGGGUCUGCUGGAUUUUCAGGAUUGUUCAGGAAAAGAUUGCCUUAAGUCAAACAAUGUUUUUUUCUCUCUAUCUCUCUCUGUGAGGAAUCAGUGCACAGAGGAGGGAGACGGGAGAGUUUGGGCGAUGAAAAUAAAAAGCGAACAAUCUCUCAGCAUGUUUACUCCGGACGAAGACGGUCUCACAGGCGAGACAUUUUACUGUGGGACGGAUAUAUUUUUAAAAAAAACAACGCUUCGUGAAGGUAGUUGCCAGCUUCAGCAGCAAAAAAAGAAAAACACAAAGUUCUAACACGGACUGAUUAGAUUGAAAACUUUAAAAAAAAAAAAAGUGGUUCAGCCUUUUAUGUAGCUUCCCUUUAACUGAAGUCAUGAAGCAUGCAUUUCAGCAGAGAGGCCAUGUUUGAAUGUUCACCUUAAAGAGAAAGCCAAGUCAGAAAAGCCAAAGCAUGAGUUUGCAUAUACAGUAGUAACUUGUACUUCACUGGAAAGUGGAAACAUUUCUUGUACUGGUCCUUUCUGAUAAAAAGGUUCCCAGUACCCCAGUUCAAUGUUUACUAUUUAAAUCAAUUUAAGCAUAUUUUUUUUUGUUUUUUUACGACCUCCCACACUUUGCCAGUUGGCAACUACCUUGGUUACCAGUGUGAGCUGAACACUACUCAUGUAUAUUGAAGUGAAUAUAUUUUGAGAGGCAGUCAUGGAGCAUUGCCUGUUUGUAUCUACACAUAUAUAUGGUUUCCACGUCGAGUUAAAAAUAUCCCAAAACAACAACAAAAAAAACCUGUUUGUUAAGCGUGUCCACUUUUUAUUUUGUAAUCAUACAAGAUUAUUUUUCUAACGUUUUUCGCACCCCCCCUCCAUCCAUCCAUCCAUUCUGUGUUUUUAUCCGUUUUCUGGAUAGAUAUAGGGCUGCCGUUCUCACACAAACACACACACACAUGUUGUGCUGCUGUCACUUCAAAAUGUUUCUUUCUUGUAUUUAUCAAAAACAAGCAGCAACACUUUCUUUCUUUCUUUCUUUCUUUCUUUCUACGGCUCUCUUAAGCCUUUUCAUCAGCCGUGUAUUUAUAACGUGUACUGUUUAUACAGAUUUGUAUAUGGGACAAAUUUAUUAAUGUACUCCAACUAAUGACAGCUAUGAUAUUGUGAGCAAAAAACAAAAAAACAGUAUGGGUGUAUGAUAUUACUCCAAGCAACAUAUUUAACUCAACCCGCACUGUUCUUUAACCCAAAAUGUGGUCAUGACGCGGCGCUGCGGUUGACUUUUUAACAGACAUUUUGAUCACUUUGUUGCCUAAUAAUGGAUACGUCUCGUGCAUGGGUGAAAUGCACUUAACCUUUCAACUGUGACAAACACAUCAGAUUGAGUAAAAAAGAAAAAGAAGAGGUUCUUUUUGAGGCUGUUUUAUGUAGCUACGUGUGUUUUCCUGGCCGGGAAAGGAAAAGAAAAAGACGUGGACGUGAAAAAGAGUGUGGAUUUUUUCGAAGCAGUUGAGGAUGGGGAAAUUUUUUAAAGAAAUACUUCACUCUUAAGCAUGUCUUGUACUAUCAUGUGUAUGUGUCUUCCUCUUCACUUUUUCCUGCCUGAAUCCAUCCGAAUCCGAAUAUUACGACUUCAAAAUCAACCCCCCCACAUCUGUCGGCUAAACCAGAUUAAAGACUAUCAUGUUUAUUCUAAGUUGAUAUCAUUUUGUAAACUUGUAGAAUCCAAGAAUGAGUUUAUAUUUGUCAUCAUGUCUAAGAAAACAUUCCACUUGUUACGUGUUAAAUUUGGCUUUUUUUUGUUUGUUUGUUUGUUUUUUACUUGAGGUUUUUUUGUAGAAAACUUUUAAUACUGCUUUUUUUUCCGGGGCUGUCUUUAACUCUUUGCAUGGUUUGUUAGUCAGCAUGCCUGCUUGUCUAUGUAAUUAAAAAAAUUGCACAAAAGAAGAACACUGGUGGACUAAAAAAAAAAAAACAAAAAAAAAAAUAACCUCCCUUCUUUCUUCCUCUGGUGUUUUGGAAAAGACUCCACUGUAAAAAAAAAAAAUUGAUAUUGUUCUUAUUGGAUAUCAAUAAGUGAUUUUAGCAAGCACUUAACAUGUAAGGACUGUGUUGACGAAGAGAAACGUGCUCUGCAAAAACCUCAGCUACACAAGACUCUCCCAAAGAAUCUUCCUCUUUCAAAGAUUUUUAAACAGGCACUAUUUAUGCUGGAGGAGCGACAGUUUAAAAAAAACAAAAAAAAAACGAGGGGAACGUUGUUUGAUUGUCACACCCACCUCGGCCAGUUCUUUAUAUAAAUAUAAACAUAUAAUAUAUAUAUAUAUCAACAUAUAUAUAUAUAUAUAUACAUAUAAAACCACUGUGGCUCAAGAGCAAUUCUUGGUUUACAUGUAAAUGGAUUUAAAAAGAAAAAAAAGUUAUUUUUUUGUUUGUUGUUUGUCUCUAUUGAUGAAAAAAAAAAUCUUUCUUUGGGACCUACGCUUUGGACAUUUCAUCUCUGACAUCGUCUAUAAAAAUAUAUUU